AUGUUAAAUUAUGAUGUGUAUUCUUUAUUGAUAAAUAUGCCUUAACGAUUUAUUUGUAAGUGUAAUCAGGAAUAAAAUUAGAAGAUGGAAAAGGAUAGCAAAGGUAGCAAGGAAAGUCUAACGAAAGAACAACAACCAAGUUCGUCAAAUAUAACAAAAGAAGACUCAGAUUCUAAUGAACAGAAAGUACAAUCGCUACAAUUUUCGCCUGAAUUGUUAGAAUAUUUAAAAUGUAGUGAGGCAACGACCAUAAGAAACAUGCAGUUAAGUAGAAAAUCAUUACCCGUUCCACCUCCUCGAAUAUCUAAAAGAUCGUUUCCGUGGCAACAACGUUUAUCACAAGUAUAUAUAAAACCGGAAAUGUUGAAGAAAUUGGAGUUCGAAAUAGCGAGUGACGAGGCGAUAGAAACAAUUAUGAUAUAUCAAUCACCCGGUAUUUCUAUUCUUAGAUAUAAAACAUCGAACGGUUUCUUUAAAAAUCCAGCAAUUGUUUUACCUAAGCCAUUUUCUUCGGCUGAACUUGAAGAAAUAAAAACAAAAUUUAACUUGAACGAAAUAAGUGUCAUUCCUGUUCACUGCGGAUGUUGUGACAGGAUAUUUUCCGAUGCAGAAACUAAGUUCGACGAAGAAAUGUAUAGUUUAUCGAAAGAAAUAACGUUUAAAUGUAAAAUUUGCAAUGAAAUUUUCGACGAAGUGAGUUUAUACAAAAAGCAUUUCAUUCUUAUACAUCUCCUGGAUAAGGAUUUAUUCUGUUUUCAAUGCACAAGAGCUAUAACUAGUGACGAGGAGGAUGAAAAAAAGAGCGAUUACGAUAAAGAAGAUUUAUAUAUGAAGCGCAGUUCUGUCGAUAUGACGGCAUUUAAGGGCGUUAAUUGUCAAUUGUGUAAAAAGUAUUUAUGCCCGGAAGAUAAUUUGAGAAGGAAAUUACUAAAUAUUACCCUAUCAAAUAAAUCUGCUUAUCUCAAACGAUGCCAGUUUUGUGAAAAUAUCGGCCAACAUCAACCGACUGCCGAAUGCCAAAUGAUGAAUUUCCUAACUACCACUUACGUCUUCUGUUCCGAAUGCCACUCUAAAGAUUACGACGAACUUUACAUUAAAUCUGUCUCAAUUAAGAAGGAACCAAUGAAUUCUGUUGAAGAACUCGAAGCUUUGAAGUGUCCUAGAAGGAAAUCAGAGAUAAUCCUACCUGUGGUAUGUACAGAAUGUAAAAGAAUCUUCACGGAUAAACAGUUAAAUGAGGAUCAAGUUGAAGCAAUUCCUUACUAUGAUCAGGAAGGUACAAGAAAAUAUUACUAUCAGUGUAAAGUAUGUAACACUAAGAUAAAUGAUAAAAGUGAGAUGGAAUCACACAUUAUAGAUCACAUGUCUGAAGAAGUAAUAUGUCCAAAUUGUAGAAGAAAAAGAAAAAGAGAUAAAAUUGUUUUUAAAGACGAAGAUUCUUAGAAAAAAUACAGUUUUUUUCCCUCAUUUAUUAGUAAAUAAUUACGAAAUAAAAUUAAU